AUGCCGAACGGGGAGCAAGAGCAGUACCAGGAAGGAGAAGAAAGCGGAGGCGAAAGCAUGGAAUGGCAGUCUGAUGGAGGAGAAGAGGAGGAGCAAAGCGAGGACUCAAGCAGUGGCGAAGAAGUCGAGUCACCACCUCGCAACGAAAGGCGUUCCAAGAAUAAGCACGACCCAGCAAGUGUCCGUGGCAAAGUAGCUCUGCCGACUGGACAGACUUCCAAGCGCACUCGGACCUCUUCCCCUACGCCGAGUGAAAAGGCUUCAAAGCAGCCCAAAGUUGCAGCAUCGAAGUCUCGAAAGACCCUGCCCAAGAUCAAGAUCGAUGUUCCCGUCGCUUCUGCUGCUGCUACCUCUGGGACUUCUGCUUACAGAGACGGUGACGAGGAAAUGGGAGACGCGGUCACUUCCAACCCAAACGACGACGAGGAUGUGCCGCUGAGGCCCAUGGGAAGAAGAAGCAGAAAGACAUCAACUAGCAAGGUGCCUCAGUCGACGCCAGUGAUAGAGCCAGUGAUCCAGGAGACCGGUGAUGCCAACCAGGCUUCUGUGACUUUUGCCGUACCCUUGUCGAGUGCCCAGCCUUCAGCGUCGACUGCACAGAUUCCGGCCGAUCCAUCUUCACUCUUCACUGUGCAUCACGUCCCGGAGGACCAAGUGGGUGCUGCCAAGGAGGCAAUACGCCAAGCAGCCAUCAUGAUGGAGCAGAUGAAGGUGGUUCGGGAGGCUAGUCAAGCUGCUUACGAUGCCAGUUCAGCUCUCCAGAGCAACGUCCAGAAAUCCUGUGAACUUGGAGCUCGUUUUGCUGACCUGGAGCAGAAGCAGAUUCAGCUCAAUCUCGAUCUGGAGCUAGCUAAGACAAACUUGCAGAAGGCCAAGGAAGAAGCCGCUGAAACAAUGAACCAGGCUCUGGCGAAGAAGGAUCUGGACCUCGCAGCCGCGCAGAAAGCAGCCGAAGAGAAAACUGCACUCGCCAACCAGAAGCUAGCUUCAGUCGGCGAACUGGAGGAAGAGAACGCCAAGCUGAAAACUGCCCUUGAUGAAGCUAACAAGGAAGCGACUCGUCUGAAGAAGGACAAGAGAGCCCUGACUGACAAAGUGGAAGACAUCGCCCGCAAGAGAGAUGACUUGGAGAAUUAUCUAGGAGGUCUUGCCAAGAAGUUGUUCGCCAUGCUUGAAGCACUCUGGCCAAGGGUGACGCUCCAAAAUGAUCUCGAGACUCUGAUGGCUCGACUCAAUGAGGUCCCUGGUCGAGUGCAGGAAUGGAAGAAGUCUUCUGCUUGA